UUAUUACUUUUCCGUUUCGCAUUUUUUUGUGUCAAUUGCCAAAUUGUAUAUUCAAUAAAAAUAUAUCGAUAUUUUUUUUUUGUAAUACAAGAAUAUUGGCAGUACUUCAUAAUGGCAGACGUUCAACCAGAGUUUCAAGAACAGUACUGUGCGGUUUGUUUACAAAUGUAUGAUCACCCAACUAAACUUCCCUGUGGUCAUAUUUUUUGCUUCCUUUGUACCAAGGGUAUAGCUCUGCAAAACAAGACAUGCGCCAUGUGCCGUAGUGUAAUACCAAAUGAUUAUUUAAAUAAACCUGUUUUAUUAUCAUACAACAAAAAUAUUGAGGAAAAUCGCAAUCAAGAUUAUCAGUGGUAUUAUGAAGGAGGAAAUGGUUGGUGGAAAUAUGACAAACGUAGCAAUAGCUAUUUAGAAGAAUUGUACAACAAAGGUGAAAAAGAAGGCUCUUUACUAUUAGCUGGAUAUUUGUAUCGGAUAGACUUUGAUAAAAAUAUUCAAGUCCGUGUGAGUGAUCCAACAAAAAAACGCAAAAUACGACGCGACACACCAUUCUUGCCUGCUAAAGGCAUUGCCGGUAUUGAUCUUAGUAGCAGCAUUGAGAAUCUGGAAUCUCCAGCUGAAGUUCAAGUUUUAGACAAUACGGAAAGAGAUGAGGAAGUGGAUACAAGUGUUGAAAUUAUUGACGAAAACUCUGCAGAUGAAGAUUCGUUCUCCGAGAUGGUCCGUAAUUUAAGUGUUCUUUCAUUGGGGGAACAAGAAUCAUCAAGUGAUUUCUCAGAAACAGAGAAUCCAUAAAUAUAUUUAUGCAUUCAUGUUUACAAGUACAUAUAUAAUUGUAUAAAAUAAUAUUAAAUUCUUUUACAAUACUCAAUACAGAGUUAACAUUGUUGUGUCACAAAAUAAAAUCUAUUUCAUUACUCUCA